CCACCCCAGCAUGGGUGACAGCUCACAGAGCUGGGAACCUGGAGCACACUGCACAGCCUGCAGGCAUCUCAACAGGCUGCAGAGUGUCCUUUCCAGGUGACUCAGUUGUUUUAAACUAGUCUUCCAGGCAGCUCGGCUGGUUUCUGCUUCCGGGCAGCUGGUCUGCUCUCAGAGUCUUCUUUGCAGCUCGGCUUCUCUCAGAGGGACUCUCAGCAGCUUGGCUUGUUUCCUCUUGCAUCGGAGGGGCCUAGUCAAUCAGGGCAAGGAGCCUGACAAAAAGGAGCAUCACACAAUGCUUAAACAGAAAAUUAGCCCUAUUGGAGAAGGAGAAGCCAUGGGUCCAUCACCAAAGAAAAGGAACACUGCGGACAUGGCGACAAAUCAAGCUCUUGAAGCUUCCGCCAAUGUGAAGGGAGAAGGAGCUCCUGUCAACCAGGAUGCCCAGGAGGGGGUGAUGGAGGGUGAUUCCAAGUCCCCUGAAGUCUACCCGCAGGAGCGUGAAGAAGUGCAGUUUAAGCCUGCACCAGGAGAUGCCACUCUCCCCGCUCUGGAAGAUUCUCUGCCUGAUGAGAUUCUUAAUGACGAAGAUGGUGAUGACAACGCAGGUGCAGGGGCCAGUGCCAGCCAUGACAACUCUGAAAGCACCGAAGAUGACACAGAAAUAACGUCUGUGGAAAUUUCCCACUUCAUUGUGAACCCGGUGGAUCCAGAAGUCAUUAAUUAUGGAAUAAAACAUGCUCUGAUGUCAGAAAUCCGUCGCUAUGGACGACAAUAUGGAAGGAUUUUCAAGCUGCUGGAUGAAGUGCGGGGACCCCUGGAUAUCCGCCUGCAUUUCGUUAGGUUCGCCAUCAAGGAAGCAGCAAGGUUUAAAAGAUACCACCUAAUAUAUUAUCUCGAGAAGUUACUGGAAAAAAUGAUGUCAGACAGCACCAUCAGGAACGUCGAUCUAAACUCAAGCACCUGAUGCUGUUUUGACAACCAUCAACGAUACGCAGCAAAUAGUUUAGCCCUGAAUAUAGUAGGGGAAUGCUGAAGCUGCCUUGCAUCUGUUAUCUAAGAAAAUUAAAGAAAGCUGUUUUAAACUACUCUUAAUAAAAGAUGAGCUUUC